AUGGCCCAACGCAACCUAGCUCUGCAAGAACGCGUGUCGUACGUCGUGUCUGUAACCAAGCAUGCCGACGACGACCCCAACGACCUGGACGGGUACAAGGGUGAGAGAGCUACCCCUCUUGACCUGGAAGACGGCGCCCUUCGUGAAGGGGGUGCGUUAAACUACACAUCCCCUGCCGUUCUCGUGUUGCUGUUUCAAUACGCGGUCGUGGGGAUCUGUCUCGGGGGCAUCUCUGGCAUCAAGUUGCCGGUGCUCACCAACUACUUUGGGAUGGAAUCUGCUGCCAUCAACUCGGCCACGGGACUCAUGAGUUUGGGGUGGUCGUUCAAGGUGGUCUAUGGCAUGCUCUCGGAUUGUUUCCCCAUUACGGGGUACAGCCGCAAGCCGUACAUUCUGCUCGGGUAUACUCUCACUUCUCUUUGCUUUAUCGUCAUUGCGUUGAAACCUGCGGGGGACGCCGUGGGUGCUAACAGUUCCCCCGACGACGUCAAGACCACCCAGUCGCACGGGUCGCUCCUCGCCCUUCUUUGCGCCGUUGCAUGCUUUUGCUACAUCAUGGCCGACGUUGCCUGCGAUGCCAUGGUGGUAGAAUACGCCCAGCGCGAACCCGACAAUGUCCGCGGUCGCUUGCAAUCGUCAGCCUACGCCACUCGCUACAUCUUCAACGCGCUUAUAACCGCCGUGAGCGGGUUCCUCUUGAACUCGAAGCGGUAUGGUGGCACGUUUUCGUUUGAGAUCAGCGUGAACGCGUUUUUUUGGGUCCUUGCCGUGCCUUGUGUCCUCAACGUGCUCUUAGUGUUUCGCUUCAUGAAAGACCGCAAGCGCCGCGCCAUUCGCUUUGCCACGUACUUUGCCGAAGUGUUCCAACUCAUCCAACAACGCGCCGUGCUGCAAGUGAUGGGGUUCAACUUUAUGUUCAACCUGUUCUCGUCCGGCAUUACGUCACUCGCCGGCAGCUACAUUCAAGUGUACUGGGCGCACGUGGAACCGGUCAAUAGCUCCAUCGCCACCGUACUCACGUACUUGUUGUUCUCGGCCACACUGUUUGCUGUGGGCAAGUGGGGGACCAACUGGAACUGGCGCUUCAUCUUGAUCAUCACGACGUUGUCUGCCAGUGCCAUCGAUGCCAUCGCGCAGUUCCUCACGAUCUACAACAUUGUACGCAGCCAGUGGUUCUACCUUGGCAUCCCCCUCACAGAAUACAUCCCCAUCGGCAUCCAAUUCGUCGUCGGCACCUUCGUCAUUGUCGAGCUUGCCGGUGACGGAAACGAAGGGCUGACCUACGGCCUGCUCACGACCGUGUCCAACCUACCGUUGGUGUUUGGAACAAUGGUCACCAACGUGUACUCAACCCAGCUCAAAGUGGCCAAGGCAGACAUCAAGACGGACACACCAGACGUUCGCAACGACGCCGCCUACUCGUACUUGAUUGUGUACGCCACAACUGUCAUUGCGUGCUGCUGGACGUUGAUCCUGCCGCCGCAAAAGGCCGCCGUGAAAGAAUUACUCCGAAACGGGGGCAGAUACCCAAUGGCCGGCGCGUUCAUGGUUACCGCGAUCUUUGUCGUCCUUUGCAUUUCCGUUACGUCGAUCUUGUUGUCCAUGUUUGAAUCCACGUCGUGUUACCUCUUGGCCGGCGGCUCGGGGUGCUAA